AUGAUAAUUGCCUUCGGAUUCCUACUGUUCUUGGCAAUAAGCCCAUGUUAUUCGCAGAGUAAUUCCGGAUCGAUUAAGAUUGUUGUUGUCGGAAAAACGGACGAUGCAAAUGUGACGGAAUUGUUUCAGGAGACGAUUGAUAGUAUCGCCCUAUUCAUUGCUAAAAAUCAUCAAAAAGCUCCUCAAAUCUACUUUCAUAAAGAGGGUGACAUGUGUGAAUACGUGGGAGGUAUCGAUAGAGCGAAGAUGCGCUCCGACUUCAUUUUAGUCGUGAAAAUUGAAAACACCACAAAAUUCGAUUGUGAUCCGGAAUGGGGCAGACAAAGUUUCGCGAUUAUGAAUUUCCUACCCUCUAAAUUUGGGGAUAAGAUUCCGUUCUCUGGUCGUUUGGCAUUCACGUCUUCUGAAUCUGAAGCGGAUUCUGAUAAGGAUUGGCUGAAGGUGAUGUCGGCGAAGAGACUUCUGUCAGUGUUGAAACCACAUUUCUUGUCUCCGCAAAGUCGGAUUCCGGAUGAGUAUCCUUUUAAAGCUGAACGAGAAGAACGCGUAAAACGUCGAAUGUUGAAAGCAGUCAUUGCUCUGAUGGGUCUUACCGUCUGCUCACUUCUCGUUAUAAUGUUCCUUGGAAGUUUGUCAAGAUACAAUGAAUCGAAGAAAUUGAAGGAACAAGAACUGGAGAAAAAGAAGAAACAUGAGCAACAAGCACCGUUGGCAAUUGCACCAGCUGCGGAUAGACAUCCGGAAAAGUCUGAAAAGUCUGAAAGGUCUGAAAAGAGUGCAGCGACAAAGACGGCGAUAUCUGGGAAAUCUGGAAAAUCUGAAAAAGAGCCAUUGCUUGGGAAUUCAAGUAAAUCGAAAAAAUCAGAGAAGGAGGAAUAG